UAUCGAACUUUAGCCGUUGUUUAAUUUCAGUUUGUCAUAGAAAUAUGGCCCUAAAAGCUGCGCUUAUUGACCUCAGUGGAACCCUUCUUAUAGAGGAUAAACCAACGCCCAAUGCAGUGGAAGCUCUGAAAAGAUUGCGCGAUUCCGGCGUGUUUGUCAAGUUUGUAACAAAUACUACAAAAGAAUCGCAAACUACGCUGCACAGUAAUCUGUGUAAGAUUGGUUUUCAACUGGAGAAGAGCGAGAUAUACAGUUCACUAAGUGCCGCUAAUAAAUUCGUGGUCAAGGAGAAGCUCAACCCAUACUAUUUGCUUACGGAUGAUGCAAGACGAGAUUUUCCAGCCGAGGACGUAACGCGUGACCUUGACUCUGUUGUUGUAGGUCUGGCGCCCAAUGCUUUCAAUUAUGAGCAAAUGAAUAAGGCCUUUAAUAUUCUGCUGCAGCAGAAGGAGCGCAAGCUGGUUGCUAUACAUCAGGGAAAAUACUACAAGCGCGCGGAUGGUCUGGCUCUAGGACCAGGAUGUUUUGUCAAGGGUCUCGAAUAUGCCACAGGUACCACAGCUGAGCUCAUUGGCAAACCCAAUCCUUAUUUCUUCAGGAGCGCGUUGCCCGAAGACCUAAAACCUGAACAAUGCGUCAUGAUCGGUGAUGAUGCCAACGAUGAUAUUAUGGGUGCCAUGAAGGUCGGACUUCAAGCCGUACAGGUAAAAACUGGAAAGUAUUUGCCCAAUGUUCUUGCCACUCCACCACCCACGGCGCUCGUUGAGAACUUUUCCGAGGCUGUUGAUUGGAUUUUGCAACAAAACGCUAAGUCAGGCGAAUAGUUGGUACAAAAAUUUUAUUUUUAUUUUAUAAACGUUUAUGUGUAUUUAGCAAAAAUUCAAUUUUAAAUGCCGCAUGCUAAUAUAAUUUAAUAAAGGAGUUUUUUGUUGUUUGAGUACGCGAAA